CCAAGGAGCACAUGCAGGAGAUGAAGAAGGAGCUGGACUCGCUGCUGCAGACGGCGGAGAAGGCGUUGGCGGUGGAGCUGCUGACGAUGCCAACUGCCGUCAGGAAGAUGAAGAGGAAAGACUUGCUCAAUCUGCAAGGAGGAGAGGAACUGGCUCUUGCUGCAGUGGUAAGUACUGACUGCUCUCUAGAAGAUGUACCAAAUCCCAAACUGGUGAAGAGCAACAGCAAAAGAGUUAAGGUAACUACAAUUGUGGAAUAUCAAGAUGCCAAGCACGUUUCUGCCAAGAAAAUCUCUAAAAAAAUUUCCAAAACCAAGUCCUUGGUUUCGUUGCCCUCGGAUUUCAAUGGCAAACUGAGCCCUCUUUCUAGGAAAUGCAUCUUUGCUCUUUUGGGACUAAGGAAUUGUUCUGUCUCUUCUCAUUGCAGUGCCACAAAUUUGAAAUCCACUCCAAAAGCAUCCAAAAGUGCUGGAUUCCCACAGAAUGUCUCAAGAACUUUACCUACCAGUGGAAGAGUUCAAGGCAUGUUGAAAAGAAGUAAAUCAGUACCUCAAAAUAUAACUGUUCCAUUUGUAAACAUCCCCCUGGCUGAUGGACAGACACUCUGCACAGCUGGUGGAGACCUCUGUAAUAUCGAUGUGCAGCUCCUAAAUCGAGACACAGUGCAGCAUAUUCAUAACUUGGUGAGUGAGCUGACUGUACUAUGUGGAAAGGCAACAGCCAAACCAAGUUAA